AUGGCAUCUCGCAUCCCAGGCAAGAUCCUCAUAAUCGGCGCAACCGGCGCCGUGGCGUCGCAGCUAACCAAAACGCUCCUCUCCCUCCCAAACCCCCCACCCCUGCGGCUAUCAACUCGAAGGAAAACAGACGCCGUCUUCCCAGCUUGCGUCCAAGACAUUUUCAACGUCGAGGUUGUCCAGGCGGACCUUACGGAUCCCUCCACAUACCCAGCCCUCUUCAACCCAGGUGCGGACGGGGUCAACAUAACCAAGCUGUUCCUCUACGCACCGCCUACUCCACCACCAUCAGUCAAAGAGCUCAUCGCCUACGCAAAGAACGCCGGGGUGCAGUAUAUAACCUUCCUCAGUUCCUACGGCGUGAGAUUCGUGCCGGACGGGUACAUUGCGCAUCACCACGGAAUCCAUGAAGAUGCGAUUAAAAACGCAGGGAUAAAACACACGUUCCUGCGACCGGGGACAUUCGCAUCUAAUGCUGUAAACUUCUUCAUCCCCAUGGUCAAGGCGCAGCCGGGGUAUGGGGAGUAUGCUGCGAAUGGACAGGGGAAGUUAGUCCUCCCACUACCAUUCCCGGGUAUGCUCUGUGCCCCAGUUGCGGAGAAGGAUAUCGCGGAUGUUGCGGCGGUGGCGCUUAGCACGGAUAGGCUUGUGGAUCAGGUUGUUGAGCUUUGUGGGACGAGGGUUUUGAGUAUAGAGCAGCAGGUGGAGGUGAUUAAUCGGGUUCGAAGGGAGGAGGGGAAGGUUGAGAUUGAGGUCUUGGGGGUCGGCGAGGAUGAGUGGGUUGCGAAGGUAGCUGGAGUUCUUCCGGAACCUGUUGCGAGGGAGUUUAUGAAUUGGUGGAGGAAGUGUGAUGGGGUUGUUGAGAUGGAUCCUAGCAUUCCAUCCCGCAGUCGGCUGGUUCGCCAACACGCUGGAGCUAGCGUGUUGUUAUACUGA